CUUUAAAAUCUUUUCAUACAAAUUUUAGGCUACGAUGGGACGGACAUAUUUAAAAAUCCCUAAAAAUAUCUUACACUGCAUAAAUAUGGUAAUAUAAAAUUCGGCUUCAUUGAGCGUUGUGUAGAGGAAAGAAGCUUUACGAAGUCUCUCAUAGAUCCGGGCCUGGCUACUACCACAGAAACGUAGUAAUUUAAUUAAAAUAAUUUUCUGAUUAUCAAUAGUGUUCUAUUUAAUUAUUGCGGAUUAAUUUAUUAAUAAUUUAAUGAAAGUUAUGAUUGGCAGGAUAUGGUACUCAAUCUCCAGCGAGAAUGCAUGAGAACAACGAACUCUGUAACCCAUAAAUUAACGAAGAUGAACAACCACAAAGACGAGCUAACGAAAAGAUACUGGUUAAUAAAAAGAGAGAGUAAGGCACAGAGAAAUUCAGGCGACGGGCAGCUUACCAUCAUGGUGAAUGCCAGUCAAGACGCCAUCAAGCGUCUAGAGCAAGUAAAAGAGAAGAUGAAUAAAAUAAUGCAAAUGGCCGAAAUCUGUCGCAAAUACGAACAUCUGACUGAUGACUCUUUACUUAAAGACGUAGACACGAAUGGGGCUCCUGUAGAUUUUGAAAACUUAGAUGGAGCUAUGAUCAAAGAAUGUAAAGAAUAUAGCAAAAUGGACAAGUUCUUGUUGAAGAUGAAUCGUGUUAGGGUCCAAACUAUAUGUCUGAAGGCAGAAAAGGCUAAAUUGGCGAAAGAAAACGUUCAGCUGAAGUUGUACAUCAAACGGUACCUCACUGAACUGGCACUACGCGGUAAUAAAAGCCGUCCCCAGAGCAUGCAGAUACAAUCAGAGUUGCAGAAAAUAGAUGUCAAUGGGAAAACUAUGUACGUAAUGUUAGUCUCACGAAAUAAGUGUCUCGGAUCACAAUGUUUUCAUUUUUAUUGCAAAUGAAUAAGUUAUGCCGUGAGACUUCUUUCGUGAGACAGAUUUUACCUUAAGAAUUAAAUUCGUAAUAUUCAAUUUCUUCUAGAGCUAUCAUCUGUGUAGGUAAUCUAUUACACGCAUUAUAGGCUGGUCUAUAUACCUAUAUAAACUAGAUAACUGCCUAGGGCGCUCGUAUUAGGUAGGGCGGCGUAUGUAGUCAUGGCUUUAAAAUUAUUGUACAUACAAGAAGCCAUCUUUGCUGUUAUCGAAAGAACAAAAUUAUCAGACUCGCUAGUACCUAUAAACUUCUUGUGUCAUUGGCUCUCUUUACUCGGUGUACCGUACUAAUACCUAUAGACAAAACCUACCAGUCUUUUAUUUUGUUGUGAUUUGCGUAGACGUCGUUCCAGUGUGUUGCUUCAUCAGCCUAAUAAUGCCCCCACCGCUGGGACUCAGGUCUUCCCAAUGGGUGGAAUCGAAUAACGUUUUGGGCGGUGCCAAAUUAAGCCAGAGCGGGGACCGUAGCAAUUCUGACGAUUCGGCUCGCACUGGUGUGUGGCAGUUCAUGUUUCCUCCUUCGGCAUAUUCCAUUAUUUGUAUGUAAAAAUAAUAAAAUAUUAGAUAACAUCACAUACAUUUCUCAGAUUCCAAAAUGAGUAAAUAAAGCUCCCAAACGAAGGUACCACAACACCCAGACCCGAGAAAAUAAGUUCAAUUUCUACAUUGACCCGACCGGAAAUAGAACCCGCGACCUCAGAGUUGGCGACACCUUGAACCCUGCGUGCGAACCGCUCGGCUACGGAGUUAGAUAAAUUAAUAUUGAUCCAAUUUUUUUUAUCAGAAACCGACCAGUGACCUGCAUAGAAGGUGUUCUGUCCAAUGCAGUGCAACAUGAGAAACGGAUGAAGAUUUUAGAAAAGAAAAACAGAGAAAUCGGAACCGUCCGAUCCUACCCUCGAAUGCAAUGCUAUAUGAAAUCUUAGUAUUUUUUUUUUUAUGUGAUAGUAGGCUUUCCUGCAUGUUGACAGGUCGAUUUUAUCUAUUACAGUUAUUAUAUUGAUCAUAGCACUAGCUGUAACCCGCGGCUACGCCCGCGUGGGCCUAGGGUA